GUGAAUAAAGCGCUUCUGGUUUUCUAUUCAGGCUUGUGUUGAAGGGCACCAAAUCCCUCCUUCAACCCCCACAAGGCACCAAAAGAAAGAGGAAAAAAAAUCUGGCCAAAAUGCAUAUCGUCAGCUUCCUCAUGUUGGCGGCUGUGGCCUGUUUUAUGACUGCACCGGCGGCUGCCUUCAGCCACAUUGUUGGAGGAAGCUUCGGCUGGAGCACCCCUGGGAACCUCUCCUUCUACGAAGAUUGGGCUAAGCCCAGGACCUUCGGCGUUGGCGACAAACUUGUGUUUCCUUUCAGGACGGGGGUGCACAGUGUGGUACAGGUUAGCGAGGAAGAGUUCCACAAUUGCACGCAGAAUGACGCGAUCGACAUGUUUUAUAGCGGGCCAACGAUUAUUGAACUCCCAAAGACAGGGACCUUUUACUACUACUGUGGCGUCGGGACACACUGCGAAGCCGGCCAAAAGGUCAAGGUCACGGUGGUGAACGCCGAGGGCUCAGCUGGCACCCCUAUCACACCUAAUGCCUCGGUGCCAGCUCCUGCCGAUCACAAGUCCUCCGCAAAGGAAGGUUGUGACGUUGGUACGGUUUCAGGAAUGCUGGUUUUGCUGCUUUGGGUAUUCAUAUGAAGUGAGUUGUCUAAGCGUACGUAAGAAACAUUCAGCCUCGUGAAUUGUUUUGUGAUUCAUCCACUUGGGCUGUAUUUUUGUUUACCAAUUUCCAACUAUUUUUAGAAUUUUGUGAUGAAAUGAGGUUGGUAUUCACAUGUUUAUUGUCUUUUUUUUUGUGAUUUUUGUGAGUGCUGAUAUAUUAGAAUGUCCAUUUUUCUUCACAAACUAAUAAGGCGAGUUGUGUUGGAAG